AUGGCAUCUACCGAAGGAGGAACAACUUCGGUAAAAGUUGCACUUCGAAUAAAACCACUUACGGAGGAAGACUUGGAAAAAUUACCUACAAGAUUUCAACGUCAGAUCCUCACCACUCCAUCAAAUGCCCUAAACCAACUUAUUGUUGAAGGUGAUAAAAGGCAAAUCUUCCAUUUCGAUCAUGUGUUUCCUCCCGAAACCACUCAACAAGAAGUCUACGAAAGGGCUGUCGAAAAUUUGGUGGAUAAAUUCUUAGAAGGAUACAAUGUAACGAUUUUAGCAUACGGUCAAACAUCUUCAGGAAAGACGUACACGAUGGGCACAGCUGAUAAUCCAUCAACCCCGCUUCAAUUCAAAGGAAUAAUUCCUCGUGCAAUGUCAACUUUAUUUAAUAUAAUGAACAAUUCAUCAAUAUACCUGAAUCGAAAAUUUUCAAUUACGGUAUCGUUUAUAGAAAUUUAUAAUGAAGAUUUAAUUGAUUUACUUGGUGAGGGUGAAGGUGAAUGUAGACCUCAGGUCAUGAUCCGUGAAGAUUCAAAAGGAAAUAUUUAUUGGAGUGGUUUACAGGAAGUUCAGGUUAAUAAUGUGAAUGAAGUUAUGGCAUAUUUGGCACAAGGAUCUAUGAAUCGACAAGUCGGUGCCACAGAUAUGAACUCGAAAUCUUCUAGAUCACAUGCUAUUUUCUCCGUCACUAUGUCACAACAAAAGUUGGUUUCUUAUAAUGGACCUAAUGGUUAUUUGUCCCCACCUCCUGGUUCAAGACCAACCACACCAUCAUCAAAGUUGGUAGGUUCAAGAGCAAACUCGAGAUUAGACCAUGCUGAUGAUGGUGAUUGGGUUACUAUAACGAGUAAAUUUCAUUUCGUAGAUUUGGCUGGUAGUGAGAGGUUAAAACGUACGGCGGCAAGUGGUGAUCGAGCAAAGGAGGGAAUAUCAAUCAAUUCAGGUUUACUGGCGUUGGGAAAUGUAAUUUCAGCUUUAGGAGAUCCAACAAAAGCAAAACAUACAACUCACAUUCCUUAUAGAGAUUCUAAGCUUACUCGGUUAUUACAAGAUUCUCUUGGAGGAAACGCACAAACAUUAAUGAUCGCAUGUGUUUCUCCCGCAGAAUAUAAUCUUAACGAAACCGUCAAUACCCUUAAAUAUGCUAAUAGGGCUCGUAAUAUUAAAAAUGUUGCUGCCAUUAAUCAGGAAGAAACCGGUUGGAAUGACAUAGGACACUUACAAAACCUUGUAAUCAAACUUCGUAGUGACGUAACAAAUUUAAAAGUCGCUCUUGCCAAUACAAAUACAAAUAAUGGAAUUUCUAACGGAACGAUAUCUCCUGGUAGAGUUACACCUAUCGGAGGAAGAGAGACGCCCAGUAGUAGAAUCAAAUCACCAACCGCAGGACAUUAUUCUUCAUUACCAACGGGAAUUGGUGGAAGAGUAACCCCAACAAUUUCAGGUAUUCCUGGACGAAGCACACCAACAUCAUCAACGGGUAGAAUCACACCAGGAAUUACAGGAAGGACUACACCAUCAGCUUCAUCGAUUCCUACCGGAAUUCCCGGAAGAAACACUCCUACAAAGUCCAGUGUACCUUCAGGAAUUCCUGGUAGAAAUACGCCAACAUCGGGAAUCUCCUCAGGAAUUCCAGGGAGAAAAACACCUACCGGAAUCCCCGGAAGAAAUACACCGACAUCUCCUUCGGGUAUACCUGGGCGAAACACUCCAACGCGUCGUCCACCGUCACCACUUACCACCUUUUCACAUGGAAAUCACCCAGCGCAAAAUCACAGAGACGUGGAGAUAUUGGAAGAACAAUUGUUUCAACUUAAACAAUCAUACGCCGAACUUUCAAAAAGACAUGCAAAAACUUCAGCCGAACUUGCGAUGCAUCAAGACAACUACGAUGAAUUAAAUAAUCUUAAAGCAGGAAAUGUAAAGAAUUUCAUGAAAGGCGCUGAACCCGUAAUUGAAGAGUAUGAAAAAUCCAUAUCAUCGCUUGAAAGUAAAUUGGCCAUAACAGCUGCGGCACUAUCACAUUCCGAAGCUAAUUUGAAGGCUAAAGAUGAAAAGCUCAUCACCCUAACAAAAAAUCAAGAACAAACAAAGAGUCUUAAUUCCAGCUUGCAAAAAUACAUUAAAGAGCUCGAAUCAAAAUUAGAAAAUCAUAAUAUUGAGACAAAAUUAGCGACCACGAGUGACGAACACCCAGAGAAAUUUAUUAGUGAAACCGUGAAAAUGCUCGAAGAACGAUUGACAGAACGUGAGGUUGCGUUCAAAGAAUUAGAGGAAAAAUUAAAACAAGCUGACGUGAAUCAAGAAAGGCAAGAACUUUUGAACAAAAUCGAUAACCGAGAUAAACGAAUUAGUGUUCUUGAUGUAAAACUUAAUCUGCUUGAGGGUGAGUUAAAGAAAUUCAAUGGGAAACAAGAUUCAACUUCCGAAAGUUCAACUGCAAACAGUGAUCUUGAAUCGAAAUUAACGGAUUUACAAUCAUCAUAUCAAAAAGCUCUUGCUGAUUUGAACCUUGAGCGAGAAAAGAAUAAAGCCAAUAUUAAUGAAGUCAAAGAACUACAGAAAACCCUCAAAGACGUCAAAUCAAAUGGCACAAGUGAACAAUAUCUAUCAACAAUCAAAACUCUUGAAGCCAAACUUCGAAAGACAGAAACCGAACUUGACGAUACGAAGUCGAAAUAUGAGAAUAGCGUCUUACGAAUUCAAGAAUUACAAUUGUCGCAUGAUAAUAAUUCGGAAUUUUCAUCAACACCCAUGACUCCGAUGACACCCGCCACGCCACAAAAUGAAUAUUACUUUAAAGAACCUUCCAACGCUAAUGUUUUAUCAAAGUUUAGUAUACAUCGAAAAGCGAAAUCUUUAUCAAUUGACCUUAAAGGUUCAGAAAGGCGUGACCUCGCCCAUACUGCAAUUGUUGAGAAGCUCCAAUUUGAAUUAAAAUUAUUCGAAUCUUUCCAUAAGGAUAAGCAACAAAGUUUGGACGCGGUUAGGCAUGAAUUGGAUCUUCUAGAAAUAGAUUAUCAAGAAACUUUACAAUUGGUAGAUGAGCUCCGAGAGGAACUUCAAAGACGUGAUGAUAAGGAUAAGUCGAUAUCAGAAGUCGAAACAACGGAUGAAAUAAAUCAACAACUCCAAAAGGAGGUUGAACAACUUACAAAGAAACAAAAUCAACUUUUACAAAACAUCGCAGAACGUGAAAUUGAAAAUAAUAAAAAGGUUGAAGAGAUUGAAAGGUUAGAAUCAAAUAUUCGUGAUCUUCGUAGCCAAAUGGCUGUAGCAACCCCUGUUAAAGAAAAUGAAGAAGCAAUAAUACUGCGCGAACGCGUGGCUAAACUUCAAGCGGAAGUCGUUUCCAACGCGGAUCAUGUAAAUAUAAUCAAACGACUUGAAAGUGAGCUUCGAGAGGUUAAAGAGGCGCAUAAACUCGUCAUUCAAGAGAAGAAUAAACUUACCGCAACAUCAACAGAUGCAAGUGAUGAAACCUCAUCUGAUAAGCUUGAACAAAACGUUGACGAAAAUGUAAUGGUAUUACAAGAUACCGUGAGACAUCUCGAGGCUCAAUUAAAGAUGAAAGACAAAGGAUCACAACAAACUUCUUCUCCAAAAUCCAUUGAUUCCGUGCAAAAUAAUAUUGAUACUUCUGAUAGCAUUAGUUCGGAUGUUGAUCAGGAUUCAAUAAACACCUUACAAUCUCAGGUUUCAUCACUUAAAUUAGAUAUUAAAAAUAAGGAUGAUCUGAUUGAUACAUUGAAACAAGAGUUGGAAGAUAAAGACUUAUUACAAAAGAACCUCAAAAACAAAGAAACAGAGCUAGCAUCCCUGUCAAAACAAUUAUCGGACUUUAGGAAUAAGGAUGAGGAUAUGCGAAAGAGAAUAAAAGAGCUCGAAUUACAUUUGGAAAGUGCCGAAAGCAUCAGAGAAACUAAUAAGUUGCUGGAAAACGAAUUUGAAAGCGUUAAAAAAGAAUUAAUAGACGUAAAAGAGAAAGAAGCUCAUGCACUUGAGCAAUUAUGUAUAUUAGAAGGUUCGAGUUCAAAAGUGCAACAGGAAUUGGAGCGCAUACGUAACCUGGAAGUCGCGCAACAAGAACGAAUCGUAACAUUAGAAGCUCAGUUAUCGGAACAAGGGACACAGUUCGAUAGUGAAUUUACAAAUUUAACAUCAGCAUUGAAGGUUUCGAAAGAAUCAGAAAUUAUGAAUAAACAAACAAUCGCUGAACUCGAAUCCAAAUUAAAUAAGUCCGAAUCUGUAAUUUCCACACUCCAGUCUGAAAUCGAAGUGUUGAAUUCCAAAGAAAAUGAGACACUUUCUAAACUACGAAAUGAAUUAUCCGACACUAAACUAGAGAUGGAAUCACGAAAUGAAUUAUUGUCAGAACUUGAAAGUCUUUUAAUAUCAACUGAAAAAGAGCGUAAUCAGUACCAUGAACGCGCUGAUGAAUUAUCAAAAUUAAUUGAAGAACAGGAAGAAGAAAAGAUUUCUGAUUUAGAAACUCAACUUGGUGAAGCAAAGAUUUCAGAUGAAAGAUAUGUUGGAAUGAUCGAUGAACUUAAAUCUACAUUGAAGGAAUCUAACACUCAUCUUAUGGAAAAACAUGAAUUAAUAUUCACUAAAGAAAAUCACAUUAAAGAACUGGAAACCACCAUUAAAAAGAUUAAUGAUAAAUUAUCUGAUGCAGAAUUAUCCAAAACUUCUGAAUCUGAACAUGUGAAAUCACUUCGAGACAAGAUUGCAGAGAUCGAAGCUAAGUUGGAGCAAAGUCCAUCACCUGCAGAUUUUGAAUCAGCACAGCAAUAUGCAGCCAAACAAGUUUCUAAGCUAAAUGAGAAUAUUGAUAAAUUAACCGAAGAAUUAAGGGAGACGAGAUCCGCCGAAGAAGCGCAAAAGUCUUUAGUUCAUGAAUUAGAUUCUGAACUGAAAGAAAAAGAAGAAAAGAUGGCGGAAUUAAAAGAAACGCUAAAUAGCACCAAUGCGCUACUCGAGAAAGUCAAAGUUACUGAGAAUAAGCAGGCUGAAUUCAUCCAAAAUUUGGAAUCUCAACUGAAGGAUAUGAAAGAUGCACGUGAUCUUCGGGAGAAAGAAAUAUCGGAACUUAGUCGCACUAACGAAUCACUUAAUGAUCAGUGCAUGAGAUUACAUAAUGAAAUAAAGGACGUACAUAAUGAAUCUGCUAGGCAAAGCGAAGAAAGUCUAAAUAUUUUGGAAGAACUAAACAACCAGCUUGAAAUCGAAAAGAAUGAACACUUAAGUGACAAAGAAAAUCUUGAAAACCAGAUGCAAAAAUUACAGAAAGAAAUUGGAUUAAUGAGCAAUGAAUACUUAAGUGACAAAGAAGCUCUUGAACAACAGGUGCAAAAAUUACAGAAAGAAAUUGAUUUAAUGAGCAAUGGACACUUAAGUGACAAAGAGACUCUUGAACAACAGGUGCAAAAAUUACAGAAAGAAAUUGGUUUAAUGAGCGAUGAAAUAAUAGAGAUUGCUAGAAAAUAUGAAGAUGCGGAAGAACUUUCAGCAGAAUAUAAACAACGAAUAUCAAAUUUAGAAAUCGCUCUUGAAGAGUCCAAGAAAUUAUCAAGUGAUAAAUUAAAAGCCGAUGAAACUCAGAAUACAAGGUCAAUACCAGCAUUGGAAACGUCUGAAUUCGGAUCCAAGAUUUCACAGCAGGAUAAUCUUAUUAAAUCGCUUCAAGAAGAGAUUAUCGAACUCAAGCAAAGAACGUCAGAUGAUAAUAUAAUAUACAAACAUGAAGCUGAAAUUAGAGAAUUGAACCAGGAAAUUUCCAAAUUAGAAAAGAUGAAUGAAGAAAAAUCCAAAUUAAUAGACAAUUUAGAAGGAUUAGUAAAAGAUGACGAAGUUGAAAUGAAAGGAUUAAAACAAAAAUUAGAAAAAUUACUACGAGAAAAGGAUGACCUUCUAAACGAAAUCGAAGAUUUGAGAGUUAAAUUAGAAGAAAAGACAGAUCAGCAUGAACAGUUAAUGUCUAUACAAAAAGAAAAAGAAGAGAUUGAAACUAGUUUAGAAAAAGAAAAAUUAGCCAAAAAGAAUGUUGAAGUUGCUUAUGCCAAUCUUGAAAAUCAAUUCGAAGAACUUCAAGGUGGAAAGAAAAAUAAAUUUUUAAGUAAAUUUAUGUGUUUUUAA